UUAGCCGUCGCCGGAGGCACAAUGAGAUUGCGCAUUCGACUAAUCGUCGCCCUCGGGUUGGCCGCCGUCGCGACCUACCUCGCGAAUCUCGCCUUCACUAUCAUCGCCCAGAAGGAGCGAGCGAUCCAGGACCUCCACGAGCGGCUUCACAAAGCGGAGGCGCGCCUCCCGGGGGGAUACGACCCGAGGUCGAACGCGCGCCGCGACGCCCCGGCCGACGACGACGACGACGACAGCGACGACGACGACGACGACGACGACGGCGCGGUCGCGGCGCCGGCCGCUCCCCCGAAGCGCGCGGCGGCCGCGGGAGGCUGGACCCGGCUGACCGACUCGACGAGCGGCGAUCCCUACUGGUGGAACCGCGCGACGAACGAGGUGACCUGGGACGAGCCGACCGCCGCGGCGGACGAGCCGCGGCACGCUCCGCCCCCGUGGCCGCGGCCCGCCGCCGCGCGGCGCGCGCCGGAGCCCGCGCGGACGCUCCUCAUGACCUACGCCGUGGACCAAAACUACAUGAAGGCCGUCUUCAAGGCCUUCAUCGACACCGCGCGCCUCGAGGCCCGGUACGAGGGCCACUUGGCGGUCUUCGUGCACCCGGACUGCGUCGCGUUCCGGGACCCGCGGACGUUUCCGUGGCUCGCCGCGCGCCGCGUCGAGCUCGUCCGGGUCGCGUCGUGCGCGGGCACGUCCGGGCCGACGUACUGCGACCGGCACCCGGCCUGGGGCGGCGGCGCCUCGCCGAGGCCGUCGCUCAUGCGCUACGCGCACUACGCGCAGUACCUCGCGAACCACGCGGGCGAAUUCGACGUCGUGCUCUGGUCCGACUUCCGCGACGCGGUCUUCCAGCGCAACCCCUUCGAGGACUGGGUCGACGACAGCAUGGGGAAGGACCUCGUCUUCUUCGCGGAGCACCCGGGGAAGCCCAUCACGGCCGCCGGCCACACGCGGAGCUGGGUCCAGGGCUGCUUCGGCACGGAGCUCCUCGACCGCAUCGGGCCCCUCGACGACGCGAAGCCGGGCACGCCCGCGCUCUGCUCGUCGAACACCAUGGGCACCUACGGCGCCAUCACCAAAUUCCUCGCGAUGUACCUGGCGCAGGUGACGGCCGCGGCGGCGCGCGACUUCCCGGCGUGCGUGGAGACGGGCGGCAUCGACCAGGGGCACCACAACUACAUCGUCUACGCUACGCUCGCCACGGCCGGGGACCUCGCACAGAUCGCCGCGACCGCGCCGCUCUCCAAGCCCGCCGUCGCGGGCACCUUCGUGAUCACGCCCUACGACCGCGGCCCCGUCUACACCGCCGGCCGCGUCGGGAGCCACUUCCUCUCGGACCUCAAGCGCGACGCCGACGGCUACGUGCUCCGGUCCGACGGGAAGCGCGCCGCGCUCCUGCACCAGUACGACCGCUGCGUCGAGCUCCUGCCCUUCUACGCCAACCUACAGACGCGACUCAACGCCGCGGAGGUGGCGAGGGGCGGCGUCGGCGCCGACGCGUAGAGGUGCAUAACUCUUCGUGGCGGCG